ACGCACUCAGUCAACUGAAAAGCUGCAGUGCCAGUCAAGUGCUGCGACGUUAUUACACGUUGUGAACCGUUUUCGUAGGUUUUUUUUGGGGAAAAAUUAUUAUAUCGUUUACCUGGAGUUGUGAUUGUCAGCAGCUGUUGCUAAGUUCGCCAGCACUUGUUGCAGGGUCCCCGUUAUUUCCAUAAUUUGAUUUUGUACUAUUCUGAGCACUUGCUGGCAGCUGCUGCAUCUUUGUAAAUAUCGUUUUCUUGUUUUAUUCUUUUAAAUUUUAUCUUCUUAUUUUACUCAAUCUGGGUCAGUUGGUUUUUGAGAGCGUAUUCACGGCGUUUAACCUCAUUUGGAUUUUUUGUUAUACUCCAUUGAUUCUGCUCAACAAGAGACUCAUUUACAUGGGCCGCGGAUAGUUAGGAAGCGACGGUCUUUAUGUUGUUGCGGAACAUAGUGUUUCACCAUGCUAGUUUCUGCUGUACUCCUGUUAUUCAUUUCGUUAUCCCUCAAUGUUGCUUUCGGCCAGAAACCACCGUCUGACGCAGCGCCGUUAAAUCAUGAACUGGAAUUAACCGACGAAGAGGAAGUUAUCGCGUUAUGGAUGCCUAAAAUUAACACCACGAAAGAGGAUCAGUAUUUUUGUAUGGGGAAAAAUGUGGACUUUGAUAUCCGAUAUAUUGUGAAAUAUGUGCCGCAUGCGUCAGCCAAAUCGGUGCACCAUAUCCUCAUUUACGGCUGUUCGGAGCCCAUCAAGUCCACAUCGGACACCGGCGCCUGGUCCUGUCUGGACGACCAUCCCAUUCAGGGCGCCUGCACCGGACGGUCCAAGUUCCUCUUCGCCUGGGCGAAGGACGCGCCGACAUUCCAGCUGCCCAAAGAUGUGGGAUUUCAGCUGGGCCGCAAAACUGACGUGAAGGGCAUAUUUAUUCAAAUCCAUUACAGCGCCCUCGUUACCAACGAUGAUUCGGGCUUCUCGUUGGUUUACACCAGCGAGCCGCGUAAAUACGCUGCCGGCAUCUUUCUCUUGGCGGCGGGCGGCCAAUUUAUUCCGCCGCGCGAACCAGUGGUGAAUGUCAACGUAUUAUGCCGGUACAAUGAUGACACGGUGAUCCAUCCAUUCGGUUUCCGCACACACGCCCACGGACUGGGAGUGGUGAUUUCCGGCUGGUACAUGAAGCAGGAGGACGAGGCCAAAUUAGAAUGGACCAUGCUGGGUAAACAGAGCCCGCAGAAUCCCCAGGCUUUCUAUCCCAUGCCGGCCGCCCACAAUAUCACCAAGGGGACCCUACUGGGCGCCCGCUGUGUGUACAACUCCACCGAACGCUCCGCCAUCACAUUCAUGGGUCCAACACACAACGACGAAAUGUGUAAUUUUUACAUGAUGUACUACGCCGACCGGAGUAUUGUGCACGACAGCUGUGGUGAUGUGGGUCAGGAUGUGGGUAUGUACCAGCUUCCGAAGGAAGCCAGCAUCCCGCUACCGGCCAGCGAAAUCAAACACCACCACGGUCAGCAUGGUAAACCGGCGGUGACCCCGGUGAUCCCGGCGACGCCUGCCGCCCCGGGUGCGGAAGUCACCGUACCGCCUCCGGCCGGCGAGGAGCACCACGGCCAUGAGAUGCCCACGGUGCCGCCACCCGGACAUGGACGCGAAGGGGAAUUGGGCGAGACUAAUGAGGUCCCGCCGGAGAUGGCCACGGAGGAGAGCGUGGUGGGGGGUCAUGAUCAUGAAAUGUCCGGGCAUGAUCACGGAGAUAUGGAGCAUGGUGAACAUGGCGGAGCGGUCCUGCCCACACCAGCGUACGAAGAGGACGAAAACUGGUCCAGUACGGUGUCGAAAAUGAAUCUCGGACAAAUUUCGGGCGUCGCGCUCGGCCCUACUGAAAAACAUGUAUACAUUUUCCAUCGUAAUGAUCACGUUUGGGAUGGCGGCACCUUCGAUGCUAAUAACAAUUACGCGCGCAAAGACGCUGGACCGAUUGCGCAGCCAACCAUCGCCAUUCUGGAUGCGGCGAGUGGCAAGCUCCAGAAACACAUUGGACAGAAGAUGUUUUAUAUGCCUCAUGGCAUUACAGUGGACGCCGGCAGGAAUAUCUGGGUUACCGAUGUUGCUUUGCAUCAAGUGUUCAAAUUGUCGCCCGAUGGUCAAGCCACCAUGAUCUUAGGUAAGCAAUUCCAAUCCGGCCACGACGGCCAGCACUUCUGCAAGCCCAGCAUGGUGGCUGUCCUUUCGAGCGGGGAUUUCUUUGUGGCCGAUGGAUACUGCAAUUCGCGGGUGAUCCGCUUUAACAGCAACGGGAACUACGUCAGCCAUUUCGGCACGGACACGUACAAUCCCUUCGGGACGAUCAGUCCACAGCCGCAUGAAUUCUUCAUUCCCCACGAUAUUAAACUCAGCACCGACGAGAAGACCAUCUUCGUGGCCGACCGCGAGAACGGCCGGGUGCAGGCCUUCGAUGUGGCCACCAAGAAGUUCCUGCGGUUGUAUCAACCGGCGGAGUUUGGCAGCCGAUUGUUUGCGUUGGAUUUAUCCGGUGAUUUGAUGGUCGCUGUCAACGGCCAAGUGGGAAUGACCGUGUUCGGUCCAGAGCCGCCGGUUAGCACGAUACUUGUCAACGUUUCUACUGGCAACACCGUCGGUGUGCUGAAGUCCAAGGCGUCACCAUUAGCUAAUCCGCACGCCGUUGUGGUGUCCAAAGACCGUUCCUGCAUCUACGUCGUGGAGCUGAACAGUCACGCUCACAAAUUCCACUUGCCGGCCGCCGUCCUCCCGCCCGUUCCCGCCGCGCCGGUUGAAGAACCCUCCGAGCACGGCCACCACAGCCACGGCCACGACAUGGAGCCCAUCACCAAACCCGGCGACGCAUCCGGCUUCUCCUUCAUCGUGCUCAUGCUGAUCAUCGUUCCGACGCUGAUCGUGCUUUCCGGCGGGGUGUAUUUCUGCGUGAAGCAGUGGAAGACCAGCAGUAACCAGUCGAAAUGGAAGGAGUUAUUGUAUCAGUACGGACACAGUGUCAAGAACCCCAUGGACCUCGGAGGGUAUAAGGCACGGAAGGAGGGCUUCCGGCCGUUGCGGCAGAAUGAGGCGGCCGCGGGGGAGAGUAGUGAUUCGGAGGAUGAGGCGUUUGCGGCGCCGCGCUACUCACGGAAUGCGCUCGUGUGAAAUGCGUGUGUUGUCAGUGGGGGAGUUGAUAUGGGGGCCAUUCCGUCGUUCAGCUGGGGGUGGGGUUUUGUUUUUAUCCGUUUUAAUUGAUGCCUCGAGAUUUCUUCCAACGAUUUCUGAUGUCUUCGUGUCUUCGGCGAGAUUAUUGUUUUCGCAGCUGUGGUUGUUUGUACGGGAUUAACGAGUACCUCGAUAUAUAGUUUUCCAGAGAUUUUAACGCUUUUAUGAUCUUUUAACGUUUUAAAUGAUUUAUUCGGGUUUUUUGAAGUUUGCACAAUAAAUGCGUUGACGUUUGA